AUGGUCGCUGAAAUCCCCAACCACUACACGCACUCUCCGUCCUCAUACUACGGAACGCCCCAUCUGACGAUCAACAAAGAGGCCACCAUCGAUCUCGACUCUUCCAGUGCCUUCGAAGGUCCUGAGAAGCUCCUGGAAGUAUGGUUCAGUCCGUCGGCUAACAUGCUCCCGGCUUCGGCCAAGCCCAAUGGCUUGAAGUCGGUUCCUGCCGACACAUGGAAGGAUAUGCUCGACCUGGUCAACUGCAAGGUCCUUUCCAUUGUCGAGUCCCCCGACGUUGAUGCCUACCUCCUCUCCGAGUCGAGCAUGUUUGUUUGGCCGCACAAACUGGUGCUCAAGACCUGUGGUACCACCACUCUGCUCUACGGUCUUCCCCGCAUGCUCGAGAUUGCUCUCAACGAUGCUGGAUUUCCUGGCGUUCAGGCCAACCUGCUCAAGGGCAUCCAGGCUGCUGCUACCCCGUACCGCGUCUUUUACAGCCGCAAGAACUUUUUGUUCCCCAACCAGCAGCGCGGCCCCCACCGCAGCUGGCGCGAUGAGGUCAAAUAUCUGGACAAGAUGUUCCUUGGCGGCAGCGCCUACAUGAUUGGCAAGAUGAACGGCGAGCAUUGGUACCUGUACAUCACUGGUCCCGACACCCGUCUUACCCCGCCAUCUUCGCCCAACAAAGAGCAUCACCCGGAGACGGAGACGAGGUACCUGAGUGUGCCGACACCGAUGAUGGCUGGUGUGACUACCGAUGAGGCGCAAGACGAGACCUUGGAAGUACUUAUGACCGAUCUUGACGAGGAGAACGCCCGUCAGUUCUACCUCGAGGACGCGAGUGCGGUCGCGGAAGGUCGUUACUUCCAGAAGGCCCGUGAGGCGCGCAAGAAUGCUAUCAAGAGCCUUGGUGCCCUCCAUGAGGAUGGCUCUGCCGAGUCCAGCCUGGCUGGCAGCACCCUUCUCAACGGAUCCAACAACGAAAACUUUGACGUCUUCGAGCAGACGUCCUCGGACCACAGUGGAUUCCCCUCGGACGCUUCGGACGACGACCUGACGUUCCCCGAGGAGCUCACGACCGAGGGCCACACUCUUGGAACGGUCGUCUCGGAGUCCUGCGGCCUUUCGGACGUCUACCCGACCAGCAAGUACCCCGACGCACGCGUUGACGCCUACCUGUUCACUCCUUGCGGUUUCUCCGCCAACGGCGUCAUCCCUGCUCCUGGCGGCCCCAACGGAACCGAUGCCACGCACUACUUCACCGUCCACGUCACGCCGGAGCCGCAGUGCUCGUACGCUUCGUUCGAGACCAACGUGCCUGCGCGCCAGAGUGGCCGUGAGACUGCGGACAUCGUCGAGCAAGUCGUCAAGAUCUUCAAGCCCGGCCGCUUCAGCGUCACCCUCUUCGAGGCCAAGCCUGAUGGAGACGACAGCCUCUCGUCGGCUGCUAAGCGUAGCGCUCGCAUGGACAACAUCAAGGGCUACAAGAGGGUCGACCGCGUCAUUCACGACCUUGAUGGCUACGACCUCAUCUUCCGCUACUACGAGCGCUUCGAUUGGAAGGGUGGCGCUCCUCGCCUCGGUGAGCUUGGGUGCUAG